CAGACUUCUACUGGAAGACUGUGCAUGCUUGCGUGUAUGUCAUUCACGUCGAGAACUUCCUGUAGCGUGGUGCGUGAUCUCAGAACGUCGAACCUAUCUACCGACGAUGUUUUCUUGCCCCGGGUUUGUCUAUUCCGGGUCCUCUUGUUUCAAACGAUUCCCAAAAUUCCUCAUUAAAAUCCCCACCUCUCUUCUCUCCGCUCCUCUCUCAGGCAUUUCCCUCCUGUCUCCCCUCUUCUCCAUCUCCUCCCUCCUUCUCUCUCUCUCUCUCGCUCUCUCACCCAGUGCCUCCUCCUCAGAUGUAUUCUUCAGUCAGUGGGCUGGAACUGCAGCGGCUGCUGGAGGAGGCCAGACUAAGAGAGAGAGAUAGAGAGAGUGGAAAGAGAGCGGGUGGAGGGGCUGAGCAGAGCCUGGGUCAGCGUGGUCUGUCAUCUUAGACAAUCUAAUAGCGAGCAAGCAAACGAGAGCGAGUGUGUGUAUGUGUGUGCGUGCGUGCGUGCGCGCGCGUGUGUGUGUGUGUGAGAGAGAGAGAGAGCGAGCGAGAGAGAGAGAGGGAGCGCAGCACGAGCAGGAGGUAGAGAUGUCAGAGGAUGUGGUUUUCCUGAGCUUGCAGAACACAGCGCAGGCAUAGUUUGAGCAUGACCUCAACGCAGGCACGCAAAGUGAGCUCUUCGCGCUCCGCUUAGCCCUCCGCAGGACUGUAACCAGCGGGAUUCGGAGAAAACAGAGCCGCACGAAAAAGUGCUCUCGGAAGAACGGAUCACGGACCCGUCGCACCUCUGGAGCUCCAGGACUUCACGCAGGAAUUUGGGAAUUUUGUGCACACGCUAGUUCGCAUCCUUCUCUUGCUUCAUAACGUUUAUGAACUUGGCAGAGAAGACCUUCUCUGAUCAUUGAGACUUCACGCACCUGUGGAUGCGCAACGGCCGAGCGGGAGCAACGGGCACUCUGACAGCAGAGAUGGGUUGUGGGCUGAGGAAGAUCCGUCAGACAGACGACAGCAGUCCUGGGAAGAUCUACUCAACCCUCAAGAGACCGCAAGUGGAGACCAAGAUCGGAGUGGCCUACACUUACUGCCACGUUGACUUCCUGGUUGGAAAAGAAGAUGUGACCUCGACCCUGUGCUUGUCCUCGGUACGGGAGCUGCCAUCCCAGCUACAAGAUCUAUACCAGCAGGGCUUUGUCCUCAUAGCAGUCCAUCCCUUCGUCCACCCGUGCGGCCCGGAUCUCGCCAGCGUCCAGCGACAGCUUUAUCGAGCGGUGCUCAGCAAAGUGCCCGAAAGUUCGGAGAAAAGUCCAUCAGAGUUCGAGCCGUACCAUCUGAAGCUGGAGGAGUGUUUGUCUGCUGAUCAUAUUCCGACCCUGGAGCACAUCCAAGGAUAUGUGAAAAAAAUUCAGGAUGCAGCCGACCAGGGCAUCGUGUUUUCCGGCUUCAUCCAGGAACCAGCCGGCCUCCACCCUCGGGUCACGUCACGAGGAGGCCUUGGAGAGGCGUCCCUGUCUUUACACUCCAGUCCGAGUUCUCUACGCUGCUCUGAGCUCACGGCGAGCCCGAGUCAUCACGGGGAGAGCGGCACCGAGGACUGGGCUGCAGAUGGAGAGACGGAAGAGCCGAGAACUUCUCGAGAUACAGGUGGAGACGCUCUCUCGGACGUGACGUCCACUGUUUCCAAAUCGGAGUGUUGUGACGGAGAGCAGGACGACAUACCGUCGCCCAACAACAAGGCCAAAGACAAGGAGGGGAAUGAAAAACCUAGCAGACCAUCUCUAGGCAAAUGUGGUGCCGAACUUUUCGGCUUGUUUAACUACCCGGGUGGGCGUCAGAAGCCGCUAAAGUACUACACAGUGAAGGUGCCUCUGCGGGUGCAGCCUGGUGAUGAGGGUAGUCACGCCAUCGAGGCCCAAUGGCUGGACCACAUGACGCAGCACUUCAACAACGGAGCCUCGCUGGUCGACGGCUACUUCAGUCUGGGCAAAGACGACGAUCAGCUGCCUAAGGUCAUCGACAGCGUGUUUAUUUUCCAAGAGGGAGACUCCGUUGCAAGUACGAACUACGACGCCAUCGUGGUGGAACAGUGGACCAUCAUUAACGGGGUCCAGGUGAAGACGGACUACAUCCCUUUGCUGCAGUCUCUGGCUUCAUUCGGAUGGAGGCUCACCUGUGUGUUGCCCACACCCAUCGUCAAGACCAACAGUGACGGAAGUGUGUCCACCAAGCAAAUUGUGUUCUUCCAGAGACCAACACUGCCACUCAAGAGGAGACACUCCAAGAAAAUCAUCUUCAGAGCCCGAAAGAACUCCAGCAAGAACUCGGUGAAAGACACGCUGAAAAACAAGAAGAAGAAGAACGCAACGGAGAAGGAGCUGGACAAUCAGAAGAUCCAGGAUGGAGUGGGGAAGGAGGGCAAAGAGAACACGGAGACGGCAAAUGAGAAUAACGGCGAAAACGAAGGAGGAGACGACGACGGGACGGACGGAGAGGCGACGCCGAAAGAGCGAGCCGACCUGGAGGAAAGGGAUGAGAAUGCCGAGCAGGUGGAGGCGGAAGUGAGGGGAGAGAUGGAUGGAAAGAAAUCGACGAACGGGAAGCGAGACGAGGGAGACGAUGAGAUAGAGACACUUUCUGAUGUGAAAAAUGGAGAGAUGGAAGGUGAAGAGGUGAAGAAAAGCGGAGAGGAAACCUACCAUCUGCAUAAUGGCUUCGACGAGCAAGAGACAUCGACCAAUGAGGCGCAAGAAGAAAACAGCAUCCCUGUGGUGGACAUCGAUUCAGCCAAUCAGGAGUAAGGAUUUUGUUAAUCCCACCUCUGCAGCUGUGAAUGUCACAUAAAAACCUCGUCUGUUCUCAUUAAUCUGCGCUGAACGCUUUUAAACCGGGGUGAAAAUAAACGUUCAUCGCUGCAUCUGAGGUUGUUUUUUUUUUUGUUUUUUUUAUCAGUAUAAGCACUGGAUUUUAAGACCACAUGAGGAUAUGUAUGAUGUAUAUAAGGAGCUCCAGACCGGACACUUUUUUCUUCACCUUGCUCUCAACUUGUUCAAAAUCGACUAAGCUCCAGAUGCAUCCAGUGGAUUUAAAUAACACGAGGAAUGGCCGAGACCAUUUUUGCGAAAGGCAAUCUGUUCUGAAGAAGACAUCGUCACCUCCUUUUGUUUACAUGUCUGAAUAUGAACGCUGAGUUGACAGUUUACAAAGUUCGGCAACUUUCUAGCCACAACCAGUGACCAGUUUAUCAGGUCUUUACCUUAUAGGACACUUUGUAUGUAUGUACACGGGAAUACACCCUGUAUGGGACACCAAUCGAGAACCAAAUAUUACCGACAUCCAUUAAAUCACCAGUAAACCAUAUUCUAUUGCACCGUCAGAAACCAUUAGACUUUGUAGGACAUCCAUUAGAGAACUAUAAACCCAUCGAAUGCACCUAGGACCAGUCAGUGUCCCCAAGGACUGUUUAUAUUGUGAUAUCUGGUAUGAUGAACCAUUAAAAACCAUUAUGUCCCAUUACAACCCAUGAGGAACCAACCGAAUCUUGACCAGCCACACUCUACCCUGUUUAUCAAUGGAUCAACAAAAGUUCCAGAUGCAGUAUUACUGAGGUGGUCUUUUGGUGAUCCCACUGAAUUGAUAAACCGGCUAGAGAAAUCCAUUAGGAAACCAUAAAACAAUCAAAUGCACACAGAUCCAGUCACUGCCCCUCCGACUCAAUACUAGAACCAUUUACGUUGUGAUAUUUAGUAUUUUGUGGUAUUAUGAACCAUUACGGUGCACCAGAAACCAGCAGAAACCUGACCACUCCCAGUCUACCCUGUUGGUGGUUUGUGGUAUUACAAACCAUUGCAAAGCAUUACAAAUCACCAGAAACUUACAGCAACCCAGCCAGCCUCACUCCACCCCAUUAAUCAACGAAAAAGAGAUCACCAAAAGACCAUCUCUGACCAGAUAUUACUUAGGUUCCCCUCUUUGGUGAUCCCACUGAAUUGAUAAACGGGGUAGGAAACCAAUGCAUUAGAAAACCAUAAAACCAUCAAAUGCACCUACUACCAGUUACUGGUCCCUUGGUUCAAAACUAGGACCAUUUACAUUGUGAAAAUUUAGUAUUUUGUGGUAUUACAAACCACCAGAGACCAACAGAAUUUAGCCAGUCCUACUCUCCUCCAUUUUUCAAUGGAAAGACAUCACCACAGGACCACCUCUGACCAGAUAUUACUUAAAAAUAGUCAUAUUUUUCAUAUGUAAAUGAGCUGCCAUGAGUGUAUUAGGCACGUCUGUGGUAGCUGUACCUGAUCAAAUGGAUGUUCGUUGUAGCUAAACUGCAGAUGUACCUGAUAAACUGGCACCUCAGUAUAUACGGUUACACUCCCACAAUGCACAGUGAGCAGAACAAUGUUUUGAGCUGUCAGCAUUAGAGGAACAUUUUGAUGCCAGCCGAAAGAAGUGUUUCAUAUUUAGAGACAAUCUGCGCUGACUCUGCAACAGAGGGGCUUUUUUUUUUUCUUUUUCGUUUGGUGUAUUUCUGGCUCACCAAGGUAAUGAAUGUCAAAAUCCCCCGAAGUCUGCACAAUCUCCAGAAACCAAAACGAACAGCUCUCAAGAGCAUGACAGACAAAUGAGGUCCUAAGCCUCUCUACCACAAAGCAACUGUUACCACGCGAGCAGCGAAACAUCCAUUUCCAGGCACCGAAUCUACACUGUCUGUGACCUUUGGAGCAUCACAGGAUAAGGACGCACCUAUUAGCUGAAUGUCAUGACCGCUCAUUUAUUUGUAACGAGCGACGGGAGUUUCGUCCAACUCUCGGUCCAUAAUUCAUUUUAACGCUCCGACAGCAGAUGUACGCUGUCAUACGACUCGCCGCGUGAAUUUCUGUCCGUGUUUUAAAGAUGUUACGAUUUCAAAAGAAGAGCUCUCGUCAAGGGCGUUUGAAGCCGACGCGGCGCUCCUGCCAGUCGCGGCUGAGGGGAUUAUGAUGAAAAACGACAGGGAGAAAUAUUUGAGUGAUCACAUGAUGCUGACUGUAACUUCCCGGACAAAGAUUAAGCUCGGGAGUCGAAACGAUUUUCCACGGAGAAUCACCAGUGACGCUACCGAUUAGCACAAGACUUAAUCUGUGCUCGGGAAACUGGCCAAGCGAGUGUUUUUAAUGCCAGUAAUUCGGUGUGGUGAGGGGAACCGAAUAACAGAUAAAUGCGUGUGGAUUGUGGGCUGGUGCUGUUUACCCGCAGUAAUUUAUCCUGGCUCCUUGUGUCCUGCGGUUCAGCGUUCCUUUCCACGUUUGCUUCGUUUCUCUUGAGAUGUGAUGCGUUUCAUUUUUAUACUUUCCAGACUGACUUUUCGAAUAAGCUGAGGAGCGAUAUGAGGUAUAGCGUAUACACAAGGGUUAAAGACGAAAAGGAAUUGCGCUGUCAUAUAGUAUCAUAUCAGUGUUCAAUACUGAAGAUAAACAAUAUACUUUAAUCGGAGGAAAAGAUUUAAAAAAUAAAUAAAUAAAUAAAUAAAAUAAAAUAAAAAAAACAUGCUUACAAGAAUUUUUAGAGAAAAAAAAAAUUGAAUUAUACCAGCAGUGAUCAUGCUUUUCUGGUUGUUUAUAACUCUUACAUCAGUUCCAUACAUCAUCGACGUAUUAAAGUAUAGCUAAGAAUGUGCCUUAUACAGUACAGAGAUGGACAAAUUGCUAGCCCAGGUUUUGUUAUUUUGUAUCCAUCCUGCCCCCGUGGGCAAGUACGUCGAAAAGAAAACAAAUCCUAUUUCUUAUUGCCUUUCUUAAAACAAACGUCUUCAUUUGCUAUCUAGCUAAGUUGAAAUAUAAUCACUAUAGCUGCUGUAAGUAUAGUCCGCACUACUCCUUCCGAAUCCCACCACCUGCUGCGCUACACACUUCAUCCGAGGCACGAUCUGGUCAUGUUAACCCUUUACUGCCGUACGGCAACAAUUCAUUUAUGUACAAUUUUUUUGACAGGCAACAAUACAAAACUACUGUUUUUCUUAUGUAGCUGGAAAUCGUGGGCUUAAACUUUGACAUCACAACAAAAUAAUAAGUCACCAUCCAUCCACGUACAUUUUACACCUGUAAUUCCUUUCUAGAAGAUAUCACUUUUACAUAUUUAUUAGUGGGCGAAACAAACUCCGCCACUCAUUUUGACUAGAUGAUCCUUUCCACCAUUACACAGUGCUGCCAUACGGCAACAAUUUACCAACUACAAACGGCAACAUUUUUUAUUUUAUUUUUUUUUAAUUAAAACAUAGUUUUAUUCCUUGAGCUAAUUCAAGUAAUACAAAUCCACAAAAAAAAAAAAAAAGUAUAUUUUUUCCGUAAUUUGUAAUAAUUCAUUCACUAGAGGGUUAAACAUACUGAGAGAAAGUAAAGACGCUAGAAAACGCGAAUAAGAUCUUCCCAAGAUCUUUAAACCACUAAUGACUUGCUGACAUUUUGUCGAGUGAGCAAACACAACGUGCGACAUUAGAAAAUUUGUUAGAAGAGGGUGAUAAUCAUGUGCAUUUAACCUUUUCAUUAAAAUACACUAAACUCAGCUAAGUCUUACAAAAAUAAUGUCGUUAUAUUAUGCUAGCUGCCUCUAUUUAUUCGAGUCAAUUUGGUUUCUGGGCAACGACAACAUUGGAGUUUAUCUUAUGGGUUUAUGGGAUUUCUCCAUCUCUGCUUAUGAUUUUUUUUUUUUUGCGUUUCAAAAAGAAUACAUUUGUAGAAGAAGUAUCCCAAUGUCUAAUAUAAAGCGAUUUUUUUUUUUUUUACAGUUUUGAAAACCCUAUUUCGUCUUUGACCCAUAAAUAAAUAUAAAGUUUGAUACAUUCCGUAUCAACGUAAAUAAAGCAAAGACACGCGUUUCGUUUAAACGAUGCUAAGUGACCUUUUUUCUUGUGUCUUGUGAUGGAGCAGCGUAGCUCUGUGGGCUACGUUUUCUCAUCGUUACGUGAUGCCGUUAUUGUCUCUCACGAUGUUUAUUAUUCCCGAACAGAAAAGAAAAACAUUCUGUAGUCAUCUUAGUCGUUUUAUCUGCUCAUCCUCAGCUUUUUUUUUUUUAAUACUGAAGUGAUAAUUGUUACGCUCUUCUGACAGGUGGUUAAUUGUUCUCUGUGUUCCGCUGCUGUCUCGUCUGCCGCGUGUGUAAUUCAGGUUGUCUGUCAUACACUUUGUCUGUAGUGCUGAGAUAAGAUUCGUUAAUGUCGAUUAGCAGUCAGGUUUAGAGCGCUCUGUGAAUCGUGACUACCUGAAAGGGCCUUAACCAAAAUCCGCCGUUGCUUCGUAGAUGCUGGACGUCAAACGGGACGAACGUGUUUAGACGAUAAAUGGUUUGUGUCUGCUCUGUGUUUAACAUACAUACCGCCUCCAGUGUUUUGUCAUUUGUUAUGCGUACACGAAUACAGCCGUGACGCCGCCGGCUGCUUUCCGUAAAGGCGCAUUACCGUCUCGGUCGAUUCGUCCGCCUGCAUGAAGACAGAAAGAAUGAAAAAAACAAGCGUAGGAGACGAAGCAUAGUGACAUUUACCCCCGCUGCAGCUAAUGGACUACUCGACCCCCGUCUGGAAUGUUCUUGCCCCUCGUGGACAGAGCUAAUAUGCACUUUGCUCGUUUUUACACAACCUUUUCAUGUGUCAAAAACUGCAGCGGUGCAGAGAGAGGUCAUUACGCAUAAUAACCCAUGGUUCCUUCAGUCCAUUUCCUGUUUGCUUUGUUUCCUGGUGUUAAAAGGGGACCAAGGCAGAAAGGUCAUGGGUGGUUUUGUCUGCUUCUUCUGGCCUCUUUAUGGGGAGGAAAAAAAAAAAAAAAAAAAAAAAAGACAUGAGUCUUUAAAAAAAAUAAAAAUAAAUAAAUAGAUAGAUAAAUAAAAGUUGCAUUUUGGAGGUUGUUUGCUUUUUUAAAAAUAUAUAUAUAUAAUUAAUAUUAUUGUUGUCCGAUAAUUGUUGUCCAGCCAUUUGUAUAGCAUUAUCUCCAUAAGAGCAGCCUGUAAAUAAUUGGACAUGAUGACGUUGUUGUUGUUGUUUUUUUUUGUUUGUUUCUGACACUGGAUUUGUAAAAUUAUAACGACUAUGAGAUUAAAGUGUAGACUGUCGGCUUUAAUUAAAAUAAUGGAAUUUUAUCUACAUUAGGUGUGAGAUCGGUAAUUAGUCAGCUUCUUUUUGCAUCCGCUGUGGACCUAAAUAACAAAAACAGCGUCAGCGUCCAAGUAUUUACAGUCUGCGUCGUGUGUUAAUGUCCUCUGUACAAUUUGUAUAAUAUAAAUAUGAUUUAUUUUGGUUUGUGUUUGAGUAAUUCUGACAUAAAUAUUCUAAAUAUGCUUAUUGUA